GAGGGGACCCAUCGAAAUGUUUGACACAAGACUGUCGAUCACGAGCCCAGAGUCCCCCAAUGGCUCUUAGACAGCGGACUAUCGCUUGAGAGUGCACUAGUGCAAAAUGACGUAGCACUGAUUCACAUAGGAAUCCCGACUGGUUUCCAGAUAAAUUCUUGUUCACACAGGAAACCCGAAAUCUAUUUUCAGCCAAUCAGAAUCGAGCUUUGGUUUGUACGAGGGAGGGGUAGGACCUAACCAGAAACUAGUCGGAAACCAGUAGAAACCAGUGAUUACCCUACCCUAGUAAGGCUAUGCUGUCUUCAUAGCAAAGGCCUCGUGCCAUUCAGUUUAGCAAAGAUUUUGAAAUAAUUGGCCCCUAAAACAACACUAACUGAGCAAAUGGAAAAAAGAUCGAGGCCAGAAAUACUACCAGCACUGUUUAGAUCUGUUGCUCUUGUGUCGGAAUGUGGAUAAACCUCUCGUGAAACUGUUCAAAGGAAAUUCCUGUAGUAUACAUUGAAUUCGCCAAACAGAUUCGGAUUCAUGCAUGUGAACAUUCUUCGUGCUUGUUUCAAGUGAUCCAGUAAAAAUGUUUCAAGAGGUUGCUUUUCUGCUAUUGUUCUUGGUUUUCAUCUAUUUGCUUUUGUCCUACGUGACCAAACCAAAGGGAAUGCCACCAGGACCAACACCAUUGCCCGUUAUAGGAAACCUGCUAUUAGUAUUAAAGUGGAUGUGGCAGAAGAAAAUGCAUCUAGAAAUGCAAAAGCUUGUCAAGGUAUAUGAUGGGAAGCUUUUCACACUUCAGCUUCCAGAUCAGAAUAUCGUAGUUGUUAAUUCAGCUUCAACUGCACGCGAAGCCUUGAUGACCAAGCGAGAUGCCUUUUCAGGAAGGCCGUACWUGUUCARUUUUCACUACCUUUCCCUUGGAKCGAAGAAUAUAGYGSYAGCAGACCCCAGCCCUGUUUGGAWUAAACAGAGAAAAAUUGUUCAUUCUGCCAUCCGUUUGUAUCARCCCAAAUUAGAAGAAAAACUUAACUUGGAAGUUGAUCAGCUAAUCAAAAGACUGGUUUCGWUUCAAGARACRCCCGUAAAUCCUCAUCCAGAAUUGUCUUUGAUGAUAAUGAAUGUCAUAUGUGCURUGGUCUUUGGUGAUCGUUAYGAGAUCGACAAUCCUGAAUUUCAGUUAAUCGUUGAUGCAGAUCAAAAAMUAUUGAAAUUGAUAGGAACAUUAAAUAUUCUAAACAUAUUYCCAAUGUUGAUCCAUUUUCCYAUUSRAGAUUCGAAAGAGGCCAAAUGGAUUCGAAACRACUWCCAUCCUUUACUUAGAAAGAAAUUUCACGAGCACUUAAAAUCCUAUCAARAAGGWAUCAUUCGUGAUYUGACUGAUGCUUUGAUCAAGUCGUUASAAGAGGAAGAUGAGRGAGAUGAAAAAGGUUUUGGCGUCAUUACUGAAGAACGCGUAGUCAUGACAYUGCAAGACGUGAUYUUAGCUGGUUCUGAAWCAACAUCRACGCGKCUAUUGUGGUUUGUUUUGUUCAUGGCGCGAYAUCCUGAAAUUCAAGCAAAAAUUCAAGCAGAGUUAGAUGAUGUUGUUGGAAGGCACAGAUCACCAUGCUGGCAAGACAGAAAAGUUUUGCAUAUGACAAUGGCAACGGUGGAGGAGACUCUUCGUGCUUCUAACGCUAGUCCUGUACUAUUUCCUCACAAAGCUCUACAAGACUCGACUUUAGAGGGCUAUAAUAUCCCUAAAGGUACCACUGUCUUUAUCAAUGCAUGGGCCAUACACCUAGAUGAAAAGGAAUGGGAAGACCCCCAUGCCUUUAACCCUGAGAGGUUCUUAGAUGAUGAAGGCAAGCUGAUCCAAGUAGCUGGCAUGAAGAGUUUCCUGCCCUUUGGUGCAGGUCGUCGUGUUUGUGUUGGUGAGGCUUUGGCUAAACAAGAGCUUUUUAUCGUUAUUGCUCGAUUGCUGCAUCAGUUUAAAAUUGAGCCUGAAGUACCCGGAUCUCCACCAUCAAGGCAUGGUGCACUUACAAAUUCCCGUGUAAUCUUACCCGAACCUUUUAAAGUACGUUUCAAGUCUCGCCAAUAGCUGAUUAACGUCAUAUUGACACAGUAUUAUAUCUAUCGUAUCAUGCAGGAGUUUCGGGGAACAAUGCGUCCGCCAUCUUGAAAAGUGAGACCCGAAUUACUAUGUUGUGCCUUAGAAAACUUUCAUCUAUAGUUGCUAAGUCAACUAAUCUAUCGUUAUAUCGUAUUAUAUUGACUUGGCAUUAGCUUAGAACGUUUUAAUUCCGGUUUUUGGUGCUCAAAUAUCAAUUCUACUACUUUAGGAAACACAAGCAGUUUUAAAUUUGGUUUAAACUUGCUUUUGAAUUUGAAAAUCUUCACCUGAUACACUUCAAAACGUCUCAAUUAAAUCAGUUUGUUGACAAUGGACACAAUAGAAAUAUGUGUGAAUUGUGUGUGCAAGCUACAUUAAGCUUAUAUAAAGUCCUAUGCAUUUAUAAUUUAGUGAUUCUACUCCUACCUUUAAGAUCCUUUCAAGAUGACAGAUGCAUAAUUCUCCGAAACUCCUGAUGUGUUAACAGUAGACAAUAGAGUUUAAGCAUCACGUUUACGUCAAACGGCUAACGGCAGAGCUGAACCAUUGACCUACGAAUGUCGUGCCUGACCUUGUGCUUUUGGUAGUCAUUUGAAAGAGCAACUUUUCACGAUUAUGGCAACCCCAAAAUAACGUGCUAUCGGGUUGAAACUGUAACGGUAAACCCCUAAAAAGCAAUUUGCCGUUUGACGUGAAUGCUACUCCAUCGCAAAAUAUUCGAUCACAGUUGCUCUUAUAUACCUUAUUCGUACUAAUUUUCGCGAGCACUUAAUUUCGCGAAUUUUAAACACAAAUAUUUCGCGAGCAUUAAUUUUCACGAUUUUGAAAAAAAAGGAUAAAUUUAGUGCAUUAACUUCGCGAAAAAUGAAAAACAGGCGGACUGCGAGACUUAAAAUUCCUUUUUCGCUGAAUGAUUACUUAAACAAUAAUCGAAGAUUUGUAUAUAAAUUGAUAUGAUUAUAGAAGUGCAUUAAAUUUCGCGUGUAUAAUUUUCGCGGAUCCUAUUUUUCGCGAGGUUCUAAUUUCGCGCUUUUUUUUUAAAUCGCGAAAAUCGCGAAAUUAAAGCCUCGCGAAAAUUAGUACGAAUAAGGUAUAUAAUCAGCACAGUCCUGCAUAAUUGAAGUUUUAGAAUGGCAAUUUAUUUUAAUUUUAGUUUUACGUAAAUGUGACAGGAUACUAAGAACAACAAAACAGUCAAUCACACUGAAAAUAGCGUUUUCUUUUCGUUUUAUGUUGUGUUGUAUUUAAUUUUCCUUUUUCAAAAAAAAGUAUGUUCUUUGCUGUUAUUUUUGUUGCUUUGUUUGUUCUUCCGUUGAUUUCUUUUUGCUUUCCUAUACUUAAUGCCCUAUUUUCCAAGAAAACAUUUAAUUUUCUUACAAAUUCACACACAUUUAAUGAGCAUAUUUUCAUUGACAAUUUUCUAUAUUCAGAAAAUUAUACUCGGUGUUUUUAAGGUUUUUUUUUUAAGUUUAGAAGGGUUAUAUAUAUAUGACAUAUAGAAUAAAUUACAUUUCCCAGAGAAAAGUGAUCGCGAUAGUUUAAUUAAACUACUUUAUCAGGAGGAGCCGACGGGUUCCUGGGAGAAAUAUAUCUGUUCUUACGUCCCAGCCAGCUGUAAGUCACAACUGUUUGCCAGCGUGCGAGAAAUCCAGAAAAGAAAGAACUCUCCAGGCAAGGAAUACUUUCUAAGAAUUUUUGCCAGGAAAAUGAAAAUUUCCUAACUAAAAAAAUGAAAGACUUUUUUGACCAUAAAAACUUUAUAAGCCUUUUGGCGACCUUAAAAACGUUUGCCAGCAAAAAAAAAUAUUUUAAAGAAUGAAGGGCGCCACGUUUGCUUGUGAGAUUGUCAGCAAUGUAGCUUAAAAUCCAUUUCCCAGGAAAAAAUUCGCACAAGAACAGUUAUUUAAAAAAACAGACACCGUCGGGUCCUCCUGCUUUAUAAAAAGAGAUUAACAGUUUAGGACGUAAGCGAAAAGUGUUAAAGUGAAUUAUGUUAAUGGACAUGCCGACUUAAAACGCUCCUUGCUUAGCACCUCACCUCAUAACUCUGAACGCCAAAUAGAAAUAUUUGCACGUCCACAUUUUCGCCCAUUGUUUUUAAGAAAUGAUUUAGUAGAAAAUGUUAAAUAAAACUAUCAAAUGUCCCAUAACAAUAUUGAUUUAAAAUUUUAGUAAAAAAUAUAUUUUUUCC